AUGACUGAAACAACAGCUUACCCGGGAAGUGGGCUUGUCCUUGUUAAAAACCCACACCUGGAUUUGUUGGAGGAGGACAUCCUGUACCACUUGGACUUAGGAACAAAGACGCACGACCUGCAAGCAAUGUUUGGGGACAUAAAGUUUGUCUGCGUUGGCGGCAGCCCGAACAGGAUGCGGGAGUUUGCCCAGUUCAUGCAGCGGGAGCUGGGGCUGCCGGGGGCCGGGGAGGACGUGGCUGACAUCUGCGCGGGCUCGGACCGCUUCGCCAUGUACCGGGCAGGGCCCGUGCUCUCCAUCAGUCAUGGAAUGGGCAUCCCUUCCAUUUCCAUUAUGCUUCAUGAGCUGAUCAAACUGCUGCACCAUGCAAAAUGCCGGGACAUUACUAUUAUACGCAUCGGUACUUCUGGGGGCUUAGGGAUCAAGGCUGGGUCUGUUGUGAUCACUGACACGGCAGUGGACUCCUCCUUCCAGCCACGUUUCGAGCAGGUGGUACUGGAUGAUGUGGUGGUGCGGAGCACCGAGCUGGACAAGGACCUUGCGGAGGAGCUGCUGGCCUGCAGCAGGGACAUUCCCGACUUCCCCACGCUCAUUGGCCAUACCAUGUGCACCUACGACUUCUAUGAAGGUCAGGGGAGAUUAGAUGGUGCAUUAUGCUCUUUUUCCAGUGAAAAAAAGUUGGAGUACUUAAGGAGGGCUUAUGACGCUGGAGUGAGGAAUAUUGAGAUGGAGUCCACGGCAUUCGCUGCCCUGUGUGGACUGUGUGGCCUCAAAGCCGCCGUGGUGUGUGUGGCGCUCCUGGACCGGCUGGAGGGGGACCAGAUCCGGGCGUCCCACGAGGUGCUGUGGGAGUACCAGCAGCGGCCGCAGCGCCUGAUCGCCGCCUUCAUCCGCAAGCGCCUGGGUCUGUGCCCCACGGACCGACGCUCCGGGGAUCGGGACAGCUCCGGGACCGGGAGCUGCCCGAGGCACGCGGAGAGCGGAGCUGCCCGGACCAGUGGACACCGGGAGCUGCCCGGACCAGCGGACACCGGGAGCUGCCCGGACCAGCGGACACCGGGAGCUGCCCAGAACCAGCGGACACCGGGAGCUGCCCGGACCAGCGGACACCGGGAGCUGCCGGUCCGCAGCGCCGCUGGAACCGCACCGAUGAGAUCUGCGCUGACGAGGAAUUGA